UGUUCGAAAAGUGAGAAACUUUUCGUCUGAAAUGUAAUUUCACCGUCUGCCGGCGAAAAAACUGAUGUUUCAGUAAAAAGCGAAUGGCUAUCAGUAGGCUAUAGGCAGCUGACUAUUUUCAUCAUGCACUUGUGAGUGAUACGAACAAAUGAAUAUCUGCAUCAGCGCAGCGGAAACCUGUCACUGCAGAGCUACACUGUCCUGCCGAUUUUCACACCAGCCCUAACAAGCACAGCUCACUCAGCAGCCGGAGAUCUCGUGGACCUGCCAAUUAAGAGGAUCAGAUGUGCCAGAUUAGGGUUGAAAUGAAAAUGUAUAUCACAGUAAAUCUCCGGAAACAGGGUUGCGCAGCCCUGAUUAUAUAUUUAUCUAAAAGAUGUUACCCAGAAUAAUCUAUCUUCAUUGAAGCUACUGUUGCGAUAGACGUCCCCACAUUUGUCAUGCGCAUCAACAGGUGGAGCACAGGCAGAAUGAACUGAUGGAAAAUUACGUUCAAAUUCUCAUAACCAUCAGUGAACUGCGGACCAGAAGAGCUGAGAGGUCUGGGUGAGUAGAUUCAGGCUUGCUUCCAGCACUGCAAGAAAACAUUUUUUUUUCUAUAAAAAAUACGAUCUGCCAUUGUUGUUGCCGUUGCUGGCUUGUCAUUGUUUCUGCAAGAACUAUGGCAUUUCAUUGGCAGAUCUCUAACAGCAGCACUUGCUCACUGUUGCUGACGCAGUGGAACCAAACCCAGCCUGACCUAGACUUUGAUGCCGCCGCCUGUCUGUUCCGGUUCAUGCUGCCCUCGGACACCGUAGUAUAUGUGCUGAUGGUUGUGUUCCUGGCCCUCUCUUUCCUCUCGGUGGUGGUGAAUGGCAGCACCCUGUUUGGGCUGGGGCAUUCCCGGGACCUCUCCUGGGAGCCACGCUUUGCCCUGCUGAAGAACCUCAUCCUCAAUGACCUUUUGCUUACCUUCACGCAGUCACCCACAGUGCUGCAUUGCCUGUUAAACCGACGUACGUUGGCCUUUGAUAGCUGGUGCCUGGUGCAGUAUUUCACUGGCACGGUCUGUAUCUUGUGCACUCUCCUCACGCUCACCUUCAUGGCCCUGGAGCGGUAUGUGUACGUUUGCCACGCUAUACGUUACCUCCAAAUUAUCACCUUGCAGCGUCUGCGCUCGAUUAUUGGUCUGAUCUGGAUUAUCUCCUUGGCGAUAGCCGUUGUGAACAUGGUACUGCUCCAUAUGGGGCGAGGCACGUUUGGCGAGGCCACGGCGGGAAUGCUGUGCGAGCCGGACACUGUGGAACGGCACAUGGGCUUUCCCCGGGCGGCGGCCAUCUUCCGCAAGCUCAUCGGCGUCGUCUUCAUACUGGGCUGCAUCCUCAGCUACUCCUUCUCUUACAUUCGCAUGUAUCAGGAGGCCUGCAACGCCGUGGAGCCCUUUAACUGCGUCAACAGCCGGGCUCGCAAGACUGUGCUCUUCUACGGCAGCAUGUUCGUCGUGCAGCUCGUCCCGUGCUGGAUCAAGAUCGCCUCUGACGGGCUGUGGGAGAUGGAGGGGACCGUGUCCAUGGUGAUCUCGCCGGCACUGGCGUCAUCGGAGACGCCUGUGCCCCACCGAGCCCUGCCCUCAAACAUUGCAGGUGCUCUGCACAUUUCAUUACUAGCCCUCAUACUGGUGCCCCCGUGCAUCAACCCACUCAUCUACGGCAUCCGGAACCGGGAGGUGCGUGAGGCAGUUUUGCGUUUCUGCCAGCUCAGGCAUAGAAUCCGCCUCAUACCUCUGGGAGGUGGAGGGCUCUCAGCACAGGGCAACCGGGGGAAAUGAAAGGGGACCAGGCAGAUGCAGGGGUCCCUCCUCCUCCUCUGGCAUUCAUUCUGCUGAGAACUCCUUCUGGGUUCGCUGGAUUCUUUUGUUCUGUGGCGUAGCAGAACAGUUUGUCUCCCAUCCACAGAGAAAUACAGAGAGAGAGAUGAUCUGCAGUGAUCUUCAGAGUGAACAGUUCAUAAUGUUUGGAAAAUGUUGUUUUACAGUUUCUGACACAGUUGUUCUGCAGUCAAGUGGUUAGCAGGUUAUAACAUAAGGUAUACUUGGGAUUCACCUUCUCAAUUCAUGGGAUGCGUGGCUUGAAGAAUUGGAAAAACUUUUAAUACUACCCUGAAUGUAUGCAGCCGACCAUCGCUUUGGAAUUCCCCAGCUGAGAUGUGCAGUUACUGCCCUGGAGGACUGCACAACUGACACAAGCCAAUUUCCAUGCGGAUGUGAAAACAGGUCACUGUCCAAAGAGAAUGCCAUGCUCACUGAGACACUCCUUCCAUUGGAUGAUGAGAAUGGUCAGGAUACAAUACAAAUUGCCAGAUGCAUCACUGUACUAGUAGCAUGGGAUGGAUAUGUCACUCUAGAGCCACUUGUUCUAGGAAUUCUUGACAUGUUGUAUUUAAGUUUUAAGGUGACCACAAUUCAAUAAAUAACUUAUGUGAUUGCGCCUGUAACUUGUCACAAAGAAAUGUGUAUCCAUGCAAGCACUUUCAACAAAGGGUUUAUUUGAAGUGUAAAUGUAAUUUUAAAAUGUAUAAAACCUAUAGGUUAUCCUCGGUCAGUGAUAACAAUCCACAAUUAUUCUAAAGAUCAGGCAGAUGGUCAACUAGACAAAACAUUACUAGACCCCUCUGAUCAGUUGGGCUGGUUAAUUUAUAUUUUUAAUUAUCUAUUCAGUGGUUGUGUCCUGUGAGUUAUGCACAUGUUUAAUUUGUUUUUAAUUUGUCCUAUGUAUUGCUGAAACAUGUCAAUGUGUAAAUAACACUAUCAGCCAACAUCAACAGUUGUGAUUUUCUGCUCAAAAACAAGCAUUCUGGCAGGAUUCCAUGCACUGCUGAGGGUUGUCCACUAAUGUAAGAGUGGAAAGAGUAGUAAAAACUAGAAGAAAAAAACAUAGGAAAAGCACACAAAAUCAAUAUUGUAAAUAUUGUCUACUGCAGCAGUAAGACUGACUUAAAAUAGAGAACAUUUUUUAAAAUCCAUUGUUUCUCUUCAUGCCAACAAAACAUCUUGGAGCAAAAUCUAUUCAUCUUUUUAGAUUGAUAUUCACACAUGCUCAAACCCCCACCCAAACCUGCAUUCAUGUCUUUUUCACAUUUGAGAAUAGCAUAUUAUGUCUCGUGGUAGUGAGUACUGACAGAAAGGGGAUAGUAUCUGAAUAAUGUAAUUCAAAUAUGAAAUGUAAUGCUAGUUACCAUUUGGUAGCGAUGGUGAAAAUUUGAAUGUCUCAUCUAACAGUUCUAUGCAUAUUUUGGUUGUCGUUAAUAGUUCAUGUAAUUUAGAAUGAAUGUUCCCUUUGUGAAAACAGUAUAUGUCAAUAUAUG